AUGUCGGUCGCCAAAGAGGUAGCAAACGCCAAUCAAGAAUUCGUGUCCAGCCGCAAGACUGGUCAAUUGCCACUGCCGCCUGCGCGAAAGCUGACCGUCUUGACGUGCAUGGACGCACGUAUCGACCCCGUCGUGAGUCCUUUGGGAGGAAGCCAGCGUCGAAAGCCGGUCUUGGUCGAGAGCACACUACGAGACAAGAACUGACGACCUACAAGAAUCGGGUUAGGCUGCAUUUGGUAUCAAAGAAGGUGACGCUCAUGUCAUUCGUAAUGCUGUGAGUUGGGCAUCGUACCUGCCAGCUGCAUUUGAAAGAAGGCUCCGCUCAACUGCUCUACGUACUUUCAACACCCUACCAAAUCUCUAGGGCGCCCGUGCGCCCGACGCCGUCCGCAGUCUUGUGAUCAGCCAGCAGUUGCUGGGCACGGACACCAUCCUGGUGAUUGGCCAUUCGUGAGUGAGGCGCACCCCGCAGAUUCAGGGUUGGCCACCAGGAGCUCAAUGCUCCUCGCCCUCUUGCCCAAAAAAGCGACUGUGGAAUGCUGAGUAAGUCGAGACGUGCUUCGCACAAAAACUUGCACUCGCUGAGCAUAUCUUUGGCCGUCUAUCCUCUCAGCUUUCCAAACGCCUCAAGCUCGCGAGAUCGUGGCCAAGCAACAGGGAAGCCAUCUCGACAGCAAGGGAAAGGCCGAGCUCGACUCUCUGAACUUCCUCGAGUGAGUCGCAUGACAGUGCUACUUGCGCAUUGCCCACCAUGCCUGACGCUAGGCAUUCGACUGUCUAGGUUCCCCGACCUCCAUUCCAAUGUCGCGAGUGAUGUCGCAUUUUUGAAAAGCAACACCCUCAUCAAGCCCAACACUGACAUCUCUGGCUGGGUCGUGAGUCCAAAUGAGCCUGAGGCGACACGCAUGAACGUGACUGACUGCGAUCGCUUCCGCAUCCUCCAUCAAACGGGAACAGUACGAUGUCGGCAGCGGCAAGCUGAGCCAGGUCGCUUAG